CAAUAACCAAUCUUUUCUCUCUCGUCGAUCUACUUACCCACGUUGAUUGAAAAAAGAAAUCUACUUACCCACCCACCCACAGAAAGUCUAAAACCAGCGGCGAAACCCCCUGUUAAUUCUUCUCCCUCCUCAUCACAAUUGCGCCGGAGAAAUCUCUACUUUUUCCGGCGAUCAAUCGGCAAUGGUUUCUCCGGAGAACACCAAUUGGCUCUUCGAUUACGGCUUGAUUGAAGAUAUUGCUGUUCCUGAUGCCAAUUUCUCUGCUCCUGCUUCUGGCUUUGGCUGGCCCAUGCAACCCUUGAACGCUUCCUCCAACGUCGGUGUGGAACUUGAUGGCUCAUUGGGGGAUUCAGACAGUCACAAGGAAACUGGCUCGAAAAAGAGGGCAAGACCUGAAUCGUGUGGUGCAUCAAGUUCCAAAGCAUGCAGGGAGAAGUUGCGGAGGGAUAAGCUCAAUGACAAGUUUAUGGAAUUGGGAUCUAUCCUUGAGCCUGGAAGGCCUCCCAAAACAGACAAGGCUGCUAUUUUGGUUGAUGCUGUUCGUAUGGUGACACAGUUAAGGAGUGAAGCUCAAAAGUUGAAGGAUUCGAAUUCGAGUCUGCAUGAUAAGAUCAAAGAGUUGAAGGCGGAGAAGAAUGAGCUUCGUGAUGAGAAGCAAAGGCUAAAGGUUGAGAAAGAGAGGUUGGAGCAACAACUAAAGACAGUGAAUGUCCAACCUGGGUUCAUGCCUCCACAUCCUGCAAUCCCAGCUGCAGCGUUUGCUGCUCAAGGCCAAGCUGGGGGCAACAAAUUGGUGCCUAUCAUUAGUUACCCUGGAGUCGCCAUGUGGCAGUUCAUGCCACCUGCUUCUGUGGACACCUCUCAGGAUCAUGUGCUCCGCCCACCAGUUGCCUAAUUGGAGCCGUAGCCUAAAAUGGUUUUUGAUUUUGCACUGUACCUCGAGUGCUGCCCAUUUGAUUUGUGAACGCUGUUGGCUGUAUUAGUGGUUUUCGGUGAAGUAUGUAAGUGGAUUUCGUUGUUGAUUGAACACUUGAAUGCUAUUUCGGAAUUGGCACUAGUUAAUGCUAGAUUUUUUAUGUAAAUGUUAGUUGAAUUAAAUCUGGCAGCUUAUAUUUUU